UGGCCUUUUAGUUCUGGCUUUUCUUGCUAAGCACUCACAAGCAAAUGACUCUUAAUGCCAGAGUAUUCGCAGCUCUUUUUCACAUAUUUGCUUGCUUAUUUCUAGAUUUUCUUGAAAUAAGCAAUGGCGUACAGAGUGAUAUCGACUGCUUGAAGUCAAUUAAACAUUCGCUUGAAGACCCUUACCUCUACCUCAAUAGUUCAUGGGACUUCAGCCACAAUACUGAAGGAUUCAUCUGCAAAUUUACUGGGGUCGAAUUCUGGCACCCUGAUGAGAAUAAGGUCUUGAAUCUCAUACUAAGCGACAUGGGGUUCAGAGGCGAGUUCCCACGGGGCAUUAAAAACUGCACAAGUCUAACAGGGUUAGACCUCUCCAGUAACGAACUUUCAGGACCUCUCCCAUUUGACAUAGCUGAGAUAGUUCCGUUUAUCACACGCCUCAACCUUUCCGGCAACAAUUUUUCUGGCGAAAUUCCAAAGAGCAUUGUCAAUUGCACUUAUCUAAAUGUCCUUACACUUGACCACAACCAUCUCACUGGUGAAAUCCCUCCGGAAUUAGGCCACCUCGUUCGUAUGAAAAAUUUCAGUGUUUCUAACAAUAUGUUGUCAGGGGUUGUCCCUGACUUUGGCAAUUUCUCUUGUACAGCCGAUAGCUUUGCUAACAACACGAAACUCUGUGGAGCGCCUUUGGAACCCUGUCCAACUCCAAAGCAAAGAAGGAAGUUUGAUUUUUCAUUCAAAGGUGGGUUUCAAGUUGGUUACGCGGUUUCUGCAGUUUCGGUAAUAACUAUUUUUAUGUUCCGGUCCCAUUAUGUGGCUUGCAUGAACGACAAGCAAAGUAGUAAGAACGAGAAUGAAGAAGCUGAUCAAGUUAACCAGCUGCCAUCUAAAGGGCUCCUGCUAGAAGGGAGCAAAAAGAGUGGCAAAUUAUUUGAUCCACAGAAUUCUCAGCUGGAGGGAAUGGUUAUUAGAAUGAACUUUACAGAACUCAGAGAGGCAACUAACAAUUUCUGCACAGACAAUGUGAUUGGGUUGGGAAAGAUCGGGGUGAUGUACAAGGCAAUCCUUCCAAAUGGUUCACCCCUUGCAGUUAAGAGGUUACAUGGUUGUCAAUCAUUUGACAAACAAUUCAUGUGUGAGUUAUUGGCUCUGGGCAGAUGGAGGCACAAUAACAUAGUUCCCCUCUUGGGAUUCUGCAAAGAGAGGAAAGAAAAGCUCCUAGUGUACCAAUAUAUAUCGAAUGGCAAUCUUUAUGAUUGGCUAUAUGCAAAGGAAGGCAGCAAUAGGAUCUUGGAAUGGUCUUUGAGGAUUCAAAUUGCAAUUGGGGUAGCAAGAGGCUUGGCAUGGCUUCACCACAAGUGGGAUUUUCGAGUAGUACACCUUAACUUGAGUUCAGACUCUAUUUUACUUGAUAAUAAUUUUGUGCCUAAGAUAUCAAAUUUUGGAGGGGCAAAAGUAUCAAGUUCUGAAGGAAUAAUGUUUAUUGAUUCAAAUGACACUCACUCAAGUAAUAGCUCUUUUGUAGACUUUGGGUUUUGGGAUUUGGGUUUUGUUAAAAAGGAUGUGUUUGACUUUGGAAUUCUGCUUUUGGAGCUAAUUAUAGGAAAGGAACACAUUCAAAUCAACAAUUAUUUGAACAAUUCAAAUGGGAGUUUGGUUGAUUGGAUUACUCAUCUUUUCACUUCUUCGUCUGAUCUCUACAAUGUCAUUGAUAAAUCUCUGAUUGGUAGAGGAUUUGAUAGUGAAAUCUUUGAAUUCCUUAGAAUUGCAUGUACCUGUCUUAACCCUUUUCCAAGUAAAAGGCCAACAAUGUUUGAAUUGUACAAUACAAUAAGUACUCUUGGGGAGAGGUACAGUCUUACAAAUGAGUCUGAGAUCUUGAGGCAAUCGGAAAUUGCAACAGCAAGUACUUCAAAUGAAAUUGUUUAG